UGCUAGUUAGUUCAUUCUCACAAGCAGGCCUAUUAGCGCCAGAGCUGGGACUCGGCUAGCCAAUCAGAGCGCAUGAGGGCGGAAAGAAUACGAAGAAUACGGGAACACUGCCCCGCCUUCAGGCUCGAAGCUCCGCCCCCCUCUCCCCCCUCCCUCCCCCGUCGGAGUCCGUUCGGCAGUUUGAAACUCGGCUCGCGCAGCGUUUAACGUCUUUUUGAAAAAAAAAAAACAAAAACUUCGUUCAGUCCAGGCCAGAGCGGGGAUUUUUACUCUCUGAAACUGAAUAAAACCCGGAGUCCUUGAGGCGAGGGGGACGUGAAAGUGGGCUCGCUUGUUUAAAAGCCCCUCACCCGGCUCACCUGUUCAAGCCAUGAAGUCUGCCCCUACCCUACUGGCCACGCUGCUGUGGCUGUUUGCACCAAGUCCACUGAGGUCUGCUAAGAUCAUAGUGGUCCCUCCCAUCAUGUUCGAAAGCCAUCUGUACAUCUUCAAGACCCUUGCAUCUGCCCUGCAUGCUGAGGGCCACGACACGGUGUUCCUGGUGUCAGAAGGUCGCGAGGUGCCUCCGUCCUCCCACUACAGGCUACAGCGGUAUCCAGGCAUCUUCAACAGCUCGUCAGCUGACGACUUCCUCCAGUCCAAGGUGCACAACAUCUUCUCUGGGCGGCUGACGCCACUGGAGCUCUUUGACAUCCUGGAUCACUACUCGCAGAACUGUGACAGUGUUGUGGGUAGCGCUGAAGUCAUGGCACAGCUGAAGCGUGAGCACUUCGACUUGCUGCUCGUCGACCCUAACGAAAUGUGUGGCUUCGUCAUCGCCCACAUCCUGGGAGUGCAGUACGCCGUCUUCAGCACUGGCCUCUGGUACCCAGCCGAGGUGGGCGCACCGGCUCCACUCUCCUACGUGCCAGAGUUCAACUCUCUGCUCACGGACCGCAUGUCGCUGGUGCAGCGGUUGGCCAACACGGCCGUCUACCUGGUGUCUCGCUUUGGUGUGCAGUUCCUCGUUCUGCCCAAAUACGACCGCAUCAUGAGGAAGUAUGAUGUGCGGCCGUACGUGUCCAUGCAUGAGCUGGUGCAGGGCAGCCGCCUCUGGAUGCUCUGCACGGACAUGGCACUCGAAUUCCCCCGGCCCACACUGCCACAUGUCGUCUACGUAGGGGGUAUCCUCACCAAACCCCCGAGCCCUCUGCCACAGGAAUUUGAGGCCUGGGUGAAGGACACAGAUGAGCAUGGGUUUGUGGUGGUGUCAUUCGGUGCAGGAGUGAAGUAUCUCUCCGAAGAUAUUGCACACAAGCUGGCUGGAGCCUUGAGCCGACUACCUCAGAGAGUCAUCUGGAGGUUUUCUGGAGUUCCCCCCAGUAACCUUGGCAACAACACUAAACUAGUGGAGUGGAUGCCACAGAAUGACCUAUUGGGACACAGAAACACGCGUGCGUUCCUGAGCCACGGUGGCCUGAACAGUAUCUACGAGGCCAUGUACCACGGAGUGCCCGUGGUGGGUGUGCCACUGUUCGGGGACCAUUAUGACACCAUGACACGCGUGCAAGCCAAAGGAAUGGGCAUUAUGCUGGAGUGGAAAAGAAUGAGCGAAGAGGACCUCUAUACUGCCAUGGUCAAUGUUAUCACUGACAGCAGGUAUCGGGAGAGAGCGCAGAAAUUGUCUGAAAUCCACAAGGAUCAGCCCGGCCAUCCAGUGACCCGUGCUGUUUACUGGAUCAGCUACAUACUGCGUCACCACGGCGCAGAGCACCUGCGCUCUGCCGUCUACAGCGUCCCCACCUACCAGUACUUCUUAUUGGACGUUGCCACGGUGAUGGGUGUGGGCCUGUUGCUCAUUUGCUACUGUGUGUACCGGAUAGGCAGGUUCCUCCAGUCCAGGCUGAGGCAGGGUGCGGUCUCAGCAGAAAAGGCUAACGGACACUGUCACAACGGGAUUCCCAAUGGGAAGCACAAACGGAACGGCCAUGUAAAGAGCAUGGAGAAGAAGCUCAAAUAAAACCUAGGAAAUAGUCGCUGCUAAAGCUACACUAAAGAGGGGAAACUAACUACAUGCCAUGCGCCUAAACAGGGAAUAAACACAUAGGUCAACAGACUCACAGACAGACCAACAAACCAACACCAACUACACGAAGAAGCGAGUUGAAAGCCAAAUCGGGCAGAAAAUUGUGACAGGAUACGUCGGUUGGAUCGCGCUCCUUCUGUAUAGAAGUUUCAUUUCCCACUGACGAGUUUGGAAUGGAGUGGAAGUUGAUGUGUGAUUUGGAAUGUCGAUUCUAUCCUUGAAGAACAGUUUUAAUUUCACAAAUUAAUGCUCUUAACUAGAAGCUGUCAUGAUGCAGCUGAGCAUCAGAUAUCUGUAUAUAUUACAGCGACUUUUAAAUCUAUUUAUUUUUUUCAUAACUGAAACUAAUUUUCUGGGAAAUUCCUACAUCAAGCGCGCUCUUUUCCCCAAAUGUAAUUAACCCCUUAGCCCAAUGCUUUAAGCUUGUUAGAUUAACUAGUCAUUUGUAUCGUAGACAUACUAGUAAAAGAGAGGAGAGAUCAUAGAGCAAAGCCCACUUGCCAUGUUUUUUUUCUUUUCAUUUAGAUUUUCUUUUUUAAUUAGCUAAUUUAAAUGAAUUUAAUUUUUAACUCUUUAGUCGAGAAAGUAACGUUGUGAAAGGUGUAGAUGCUUUUUGCAAAUUACAGGCAAAAGUCCUUAAAAAUGAUCAAAACGAUCCCGUUAAUUUUGUGAACAAUGAUUCCUCUUAUAGGUGCUUGUAGUCAUAAGCUCAUAUGCUUUUCCAAUCUUAGGCUACUUUUGUUUUUCUUUCACUCGCACCCCCUUCAGUUCUGCCUAUAGGCAUAUUUGCCUAUGCAUGGUCGAACUGCAUAAAAACAAGACGUAACAAGUUAAAAAUUCUUUGUGUACGCGCGUGCGAAAUAUCCUGUAUGAAACAGGUUUGAUUGUGGUUUUUGUAGAAUAAACCAGGUGAAAAGUGCUGAUAUAUUUCCUGCACACUCCCACAGAUCAGUGGGGCUCCAUAUUAGGAGGCCUUAUACUGUAAACCACUGUAAGGCACUGGUUUGGUACUGUAGUUAAUGUUACUCCAUGGUGCAUCGCUCGUCUUUCUGAAUCAGCUGUUUUUGACCAAAAAGGUGCCAAAAAGAGCACAAAUGUCAGACAAAAAGCAUGUUUGGUUUCCUAAAGAACAUUUCAAUUGAGUAGCUCCAGUGAAGUUGUUGGAAAUCUGUGUUCACAGUCAGUGAGCUAUCUAGAACUUCCAGCUAGGCCUAGAAGGUAGAAAGAGAGACGAUAGAAGAAGGUAGCUGGGUUUCGAAUCGUAACAAUGUAUUUUAUAACAUUGCAUUAGAUUUUCUUAUAAAAAUACUUCAAAAAUAGUUUCAAAAGGGAAAAAUGUAAGAAUUUAGUCAGAUGUAUGUUUGUUGGGCGAGGGAACUCACUGGCAGCCAACUUUGGGCAGCCCUGGUCUAGUGGGACGUAUUUUCUCAUGAACUCGGUCUCACUAAAUGUAAAUCAAAAACAUGACGCCAUUGUCACUUUCUAAUCAUGUUUGUUGUUAUCCUGACCUGUAAGGAUCUCCUGAAGUCCUAACCAGUAGGAGAGCUAGCUUGGUUGAAUCUACCUAGAUCCCACAGGGAAAAUUUAGACUGGACAGUUCUUUCAUUGGGAGUUUUAUGAGUUAAACCUUUUAUUUCUUACGGAAACUUAACAAAAUGAGAGUGUUACCACAGUACUUGCAGAGCAUGAACUAAAAUGUUUAGUUCCCAGAAACCAUUAGAGCCCUGAGGACCUCUGUUGUAAAGUUCUUGAGGGAACCGAAAGUGGUUCUUCUCUCCAAAGCACCCUUUUUGGCACCUUUAUUUUUAAGAGUGUAGGUUAGCUCAUUGAGAACCACUGCUCAAACAGUUCUGGUAACAUUUCUCGAAUAUUUAGUUGUAAAGGCCUGACAUGCCAAUGCUAGUUUGUUCAACAGAUUUUGAGGAAAGACAUUCACAUCAUCAUCAAGAUCUAAAUGUCUGUUGAAAAAAAAGUUAGCAUAGGUCCCAAAACCGCUGGAUCAGUUCUCAAGCUAAACUUUGAGCUGAAAAUGUUACCGCACUGCUUUGUUAGAACGACGGCGUGUCCACAACUUCCAGCGUGCAUGUGUCAAUUGCACUAAAUCCUCUUGUACUUUCUGAAUAAAAUAGCCGAUUACUGACUGACACUUCAAUCCUGUUAGCAAAUGAAUUGAGGCAGAUAACACAGAACCCAAGAAACCAAACAAAACUUUUACAAAUGUUCAUAGAAGCGUAAAGGUUCAAGUGCUGUUUUCUCCAUGAGCAAUAGGCCUGUUCCCAGCCGAGCACUGUUCAUGACUAUGUCUAUGUCCAUACUUGAAUACUGUACAUGUAAAAAUGGCUGCGAAACGGCUGGAAACGCACCCAAGCUAUGACUGGAGAGACGGCUAGACGUACUCACACUUUUAUUUAAAGGACGUCUAUCUUUUUGUUAAUAAUUACAGUAUUAAUAGAUGGUUAAUAGCAGAAGAAGGAACUGUAGUUGCUUGGUAAACACGAGCUACAGGAGCAACUCUAUGAAAUGUGUGUGUGUGUGUGUGAGUGUGCUUGUGUGUGUGUGUGUGUGUGUGUGUGCAACAGAGAGAGAGAGAGAGAGAGAGAGAAAGAGAGAGAGAGAGAGAGCGAGAGAGAGUGGUUUAGCCGGAGCCUGCUGUGUCCAGCCUUGUCUUAAUACUGAUAUUUUAAAGUGCUACCAUUCACUUCACCUUCACUUCUCUGUGUCUCUGUCGUUCUUUUUAUUUCUCCACCCGUCUCUCUCCACCUGUGUCCCUCUCUCCGAUUCCAUCAAGUUAGCUAAUGGCUGCUUACACGUGUUUAUUAUUAUUUUUUUUAUUUCAUAAUGAUUUAAACAUUUGAACAUGUCUAUCGUGUGUUAAUGUCGUAAUGUAAAUAUAGUAUGUAAACAAAAAUACUAAUGCAAAAUAAACAUUAAAUAUUU